AUGCGUCGAUGCUACAUGGAUGCUAUUUCUUUGGUACAACAGUUUGGAAAACCUGAUCUAUUCAUAACGAUGACUUGUAACCCAUCUUGGCCCGAGAUAAAAGAGCACUUGCUACCAACUGACGAAGCACAGAACAGACCUGAUUUAAUUGGUCGAGUUUUUAGGGCAAAGAUAGAAGAACUAAAAACAAAUAUAUUAAAAAGAAAUAUCUUUGGAAAAGUUGCAGCUUUUAUGUAUACUAUAGAAUUUCAAAAAUGUGGUUUACCACAUGCUCAAUUCCUUAUUAUACUUACUAAUGAAUACAAACUACUCACUCCAGAAUCUUAUGACAAUAUUGUUCGUGCUGAGUUACCUGAUUGUAAAGCUGAAGAAACCUUAUAUAAACUUGUUCUUCAACAUAUGAUGCAUGGACCUUGUGGUAAGUUAAAUCCUACAAAUUCAUGUAUGCAAAAGAAAAAAGGUUGUUGCAAAUUCAAAUAUCCAAGAAGCUUUGCUGAUCAAACAUCAAAAGGGAAAAAUUCUUACCCAAUUUAUAGAAGACGGAAUACGGGACUUGUGAAAGUCAAAGAUCACUAUUUCGAUAACUCAUGGGUUGUCCCUUAUAAUCCAUUCUUACUUGGAAAAUUGAACUGCCAUAUAAAUGUUGAAAUUUGUUCAGAUAUUAAAGCUGUUAAAUAUAUUUAUAAAUACAUAUGCAAAGGACAUGAUAAAAUCACAUUUCACAUACAUGACAAUGACGCAAAUGUUGAAGUAGAUGAAAUAAAAGAAUAUCAGUCUGCUCGAUGGGUAUCACCGCCUGAGGCUACAUGGUGUUUAUUUGGUUUUCCUAUUAAUGAAAUGACACCAGCUGUUUAUCAUCUUCAGUUACAUCUUGAAGGACAACAAUUUGUUUCUUUUAAGAGUGCAUCGAGUAUAAACUCAAUUAUGAAUAAUCCUAUGAUUAGAAAAACAAUGUUAACAGAAUUUUUUGAAGUGAACAAAACAAAUAAAGAUGCAAUAAAGCUCAAUCUACUGUAUAAAGAAUUUCCACAAUAUUUUGUAUGGUCAGUACAAUAUAAAAUGUGGACCCGUCGAACAAAGGGUAAUGUCAUUGGACGUGUUGUAACAUGUCAUCCAACAGAAGGUGAAAGAUAUUAUCUGAGAUUAUUAUUAAUGAAUAUAAGAGGACCAAAAUCAUAUGAAGAUCUACUAACUGUAAAUGAAGUACGUUGCGAUACAUUCAGAGAAUCAGCUCAAAAAAGAGGACUACUUCAUUGUAACAAUAACUUAGCUGAAUGUAUGCUAGAAGCUGAGAGUUAUCAAAUGCCAUGUAGCUUGAGACGCUUGUUUGCUACAUUGUUGGUAUAUUGUGAUCCUGCUAAUCCAAGAGAAUUGUGGGAGAAAUUCGAGGACUCUAUGUCUGAAGACUUCAAAGUUUUACCAGAUAUCGGAACAAAAAGUGUUCGAUAUAAAGUUUUAGAUUGUCUCAAUGACAUCUUACAUUCGAUGGGACAUAACAUUAAUGAGUAUAAACUUAUCCCUGAAAAUUUCAAGGCUUCAAAGGCUGCCAAAGAAGCAAGAGAAAUAUUCUUCGAAAGAAACAUAAUCAUUACUGAAGAAGAGCUAUUACUACGACAAAAGUUGAACUGUGAACAACAGAUGGCAUACAAUGUGAUUAUAGAUAGAAUAUCUUCGAACAGAGCGGGAGCUUUUUUUGUUGACGGUCCUGGAGGAACAGGUAAAACUUUUUUAUAUCGUGCCUUAUUAGCUACUGUGCGAUCUAAAGGAUUUAUUGCUCUAGCAACAACAACCUCUGGAGUUGCGGCUUCGAUUCUUCCAAGUGGCCGUACAGCUACUUCCCGUUUUAAAAUUCCCAUUGACAUUGAUGAAAACUGUAGUUGCAAUAUUAGAAAACAAAGUUCACUUGCCUGUUUGAUUCGAGAUGAAAAAUUAAUUGUAUGGGAUGAAGUACCGAUGGCAAAAAAGAAAAUGAUUGAAACUUUUGAUCUACUUUUGAAAGAUCUCUUGAAUACUAAUGCGCUUUUUGGUGGUAAAGUUGUUGUCUUUGGUGGUGAUUUUAGACAAACUCUACCAGUAGUUCGAAACGGAAAAAGAGAGGAUUUUAUUCAUGAGAGUUUAUUAUAUUCUGACAUUUGGCCCCGACUUGAAAACAUGCGUGCAAAAACUAUCAGAAAACAUGCGUGCAAAAACUGA